UAACUCCACAGAGUUACGGUGAAAACGACGCAGAAAAAUAUAGCACUCUCUGAGACGACGUGCUCCAUGUUUUUUUUCCCCACAAUUAGAGAAAAAAGCAAGCAGAGAUUUCUGAUGUCAUUGGAGCUAUCAUUUUUGAAUUUGUAACAUACAAACAUGGCUGAAUCAAGAGAUGUUGAACAAAGACAGCAGAACAGUAAGAUGACCCAAACAGGACAAAACUGGACAGUGGAAAACACAGUGCAAACAGAAGACAAACAAACACAAGUUGGCAUAAAAAUCAAAAGGGAAACUAUAAAAAAUCACAGACAACUAACAUGUCAAACAAUUGAGGAGAUUGUCCAACUUUUGGAAGAGACACAAACAGAGAGAAAUGAAAUUGACUUCUUGAAGAUACAGACAGAGCAGCAACAGGAGAACAUUGAGAGACUGACAUCUGAAAAACAUGAGCAGUUCUUACUAAUAAAAAGGCUGAAAUUACAGAUAGAAAAUGUUAUCGAGAAACUUCAGGAAAACAAAGAAACUGCCCUUCAAGGAAAGGCACUACUACUGAAAAUCCAGAAUGAAAUUUAUCAAGAAAGAGAAACUCUGGACAGAAGACAUUAUGACAUCAUCAAAGAGCAAUGCAUGUUCGCCAAGAUCAAGUAUGAUAAGACAAUAUCACAAGCAAAUAAUGAAUCCAAAGAACCUGUGGAGCAGGUACAACAAAGGCGGGACAAAAUAGAAAGGCUGAUGGCUGACAGUGAAAGCCUAAUUGACAAAAACAGGAACAUAAUGGUUCAAGCAAAGAAGGCACAAGAGCAAAUCGAGAAAACCAUAGCAAAUACAGAGCAAGAGUUAAAGACAGUUAAAAGUGAAAUUUUACAAAACAGAGAUCACGAUGAGAAAAUUAAACAUACAAUAAACGUAAAGAUCAACAAGUUAAAGCAAAGGUGGGCAAACAGUCAGAGAGAUGCAGAAGCUGUAGAGACGGAAAGCAGACACAGACAGAGAGAAAAACAAGUCACAUUUGAAACUGUGAAGGUAAAACUCAUGAGAAUCCAAGAAGGCAUAGAGAACGUUUGGGAUGCAAUAGAAUACUGUGAACAACAGCUGGAUGUGACUAUGAGAGAGAAAUUGGAGCUAAAGACAGAAAAUAGUGAAAUGGACAACAUAAAACUAGACUCUCAUAAGCAGCAACAAGACACAGAUGGAAGCAUGACACUUACACAAGGCGAAACAGAGAUAUGGGAUGACAUGAAAAGACAAGACAUAAGGAGCGAAUUAGCCCAGAUACAAUCAGAAAGAGCUGAGAUAGCAAGAAUAAAAAAUAAAAUACAGACAGAUAGAGAAAACAUAGAGAGAGACAGACAGUUGGCUAAAGCAGAAAUGGAUACAAUGAAGUGUAUGAGGGAGUAUACUGAAAAACAAAAACAGGACCUGGACAACAAGUUAUUGAUGACAAAAUCAGAGAUGAGAGAGAUGGAAGUCAUGAGGAAUGAGAUUGAAAUAAAUAAGAAAGAGCUGGCAAAAAUGAUAAGAAUGAGCAGAAGAAAAAUGGGGGAGAGCAGCAUUACGAAGGAAGAGGUUGAAAAUUCUAGACAAGAGUUGGGGGAAAGUCAAGGUUGGAGUCAGAGGCAGAAGUCAGAACAAAUGCAGGAAUUGAACAUGGAGGACAAAUUAAGACAAGCUGAUAGAACCAGAGAAUUAAUUUUAGAGGAAGACAACAGGGAGCACAAAGUGAGCACUGUUGAAUUAGAAGACAUCAAAAAGUUCCUACAUUUGGUGGGAGAAGAUACAGAGCAGAGUUCGAGGGAUUUCUCAGAAAAAAAGAGCCAAACGAAAUGGAUGAAAUUUCAAGCAAUAAACAAGAGACAAGAGCUCAGCCAGCAGCUGGAGAAGACCAUAAAAGAGAGAGAUGAAUUAGCUAUCAUGAAGUUAAAAAUACAGCAACAAGGACAGAAAAUUGAACAAAAACUAGAAGAUGCUAUGACUACAAUUCUGUCAAUGGCUGCAAUGAAUACUAACAUAGAAAAAGCUGCAGAAGAGAUGAACAGCAUUUGGGAGGAAAUGUUAAGAACCCAAAGGAAGACUGGAAAAAACAAGGAAGAAAUAAAAACCUACAUGGACAAGCUUUCCAUGAAAGCUCAGCUCCACAGAUGGAUUUUGACACAGUCUCCAAUCAAAAAGACUUUUGCAUCAAAACUUCGACAACCACAGAAGGAAACUGGCAUCGACUCCCUUAAAGAUCAAACAUUGAAAAUUCCAACUGAAAAAGAAGAAGCAGGGCAUCAAGGCAUAAAAGAAGCUGUAUUUUUGCAUCACACAGUCACAUUACAAAAUUGGCAUCAAAGUGAGGAAAUAAAAGAAUGGAAGUAUAACCAUUCAAAGCAAAACCUUUUUCUUGUAGUGGACAUGGAAGAAGAGGAGAAUAUUUGCUUACAGAUUAGGACAGAAAUUGACGGAGCAUUAACAGAAAAUAAUGAGACCAACUUUCUGAUAAAUUUGAGAGAAAAGGAAGAAAUGACAAAAAAAAUAUCCAAACUCAAGGAAAAGGAGGAGGAAAUAAAGGAGCAGAUGAAGUAUGGUAUGGAGAACAUGGAAGAAAAUAGUCAAGAGAUUAAAAGACUCAUUAUGGAAAUAAAUGACUUGAAGAGCCAGAAACCAGAGACUACUGUCAAGGAAACUGGAGAUCUAGAGGAAAGAGGCACUGAGCUUUCGGAAGAAAUAGUGCUCAAUAGUAGCAACAUUUCAACUGCAAAUGUCAAUGGAGAAAUGACAUAUGAAGGGCAAGUUCAAGUGAAUGGCGAAAACAGGAAACAACAGUCUGACUUGAUGAUAAUGGAUGUUAAGGCAAGAAAACAAAGUCAAGAGUCAAGUGAAGAUCUAUGGACACAUGCUGAAGAGAUGAAUGGAGAUUCUGAUAAAAAGUGCACAGAAAGUACAGUUGCAAUAAAGCAAAGUGAAAUGUGCUUCAAAGAAGAAAUGAGCAACAUGAAGUCAAUGAAAAAUGCUGCAAGAAAAAGGGGAAGAGAACUGGAUCAGAGAUUACAGAAAAUUUUGAAAGAGAGAGAUGCAUUAGAAAUCUUAAAAAUAAAAAUGCAGAGAGAAACUGAAGCGUUUCAGCAGAGGUUGGAGAAAGUGGCAAAAGUCAAGAGCACUGUACAGACAAUGCUUGUUAAGACAAGAAAGAAAAGUGAAAAUGUAGAGAAUAAUAUGAAAGAGACUGAAGUAAAACUGAGGCAGUUAAAAGACCUGAACUGUAGAAUUGAAGUUACAAAACUAGACAUGGAAAAUUGUUUAACCACCCAGGAAAGAGCAGAGCUCGAAAAAUACAAGACUGAUAUAAGGCAGAAAAAGCACAGAGAAUCUGCAGUGGAAAAAGCUGAGAGGCAGAAGGAAAAUGUUAAAAAAGUGGCAGUGCUGAAACAGACACUGAAAGGGAGAAGUUGACAGAAAAGACAGCAGGCCAAGAAACAGAGGCAAUGGAAAAUGAAAUCUUCUACAGUAAAAUUAAGCAACUAAAAAAGGCCAAAAUUGAAGAAAUGAUACAAACAAUGCAGAGAAAACUAACUGAAACAAAAAGACAAAUCAUGAAAAACUUACAGGUGAAUACUGAACCAAAAAAAAUGAAAGUAAUGGCUUAGAUCAAAUAAACAAAAGAGAAAUAAGAGAAAUGGAGCUGCUGAAGUCUGUGCUGGAAAUGAAGAGACAAGAAAGUGAAGGCAUGUUUAGAAAAAAUAUGAGAAAAAUGGAGGACAAUAAAAUUCUGUGGAAUGAAGUACAGGAAGAAAAGAAAUCACUAAGGAGAGAGACCAAAAGGAGUAGAAGAGAAUUAGACCAAAGAUUGGAAAAUAAUGCAAGACAGAGGGAUGAGUUAGAGUUGUUAAGAAUAAAAAUAAGAAAACAGAAGGAGGAGCUUGCAGAGGAGAGGAUGAGGAUCCAAGACCUGACAGUUCUCAUCUAUGGAUAUGGAGAACAUGAAAAACACAAUUUGGAAAAGAAAGACAUGAAAAGCUUCAGUAAGAUAAUCAGAAUGGUACAUGAGACUUCAAAAAUCACUGAUUCCAUUAGUAACCUUCAAAACAUAAGACAAAAGUUCCAUGUACACUUACAAAUAAUUAUGAGAGAAACGGGAAUUCUUGAAAAUGUAAGUGUUGAUUUAAGGAAACAAAGAGAUGGACUAAAAGCACUAAAGAAUAAAAACAUGAAUGUACGGGACAACAUGGGCAGAGUAAAAUCUCAGAUAAAGCACUUUGAAAAAAUUACGACACGAGCAAAAGCAGAGAUGGACAAAAUGGUUCACAUCAGGAAUGAUAUCCAAAAACAAAAACAGGAGCUUGACAUCACACAAGAGAAAGCUAAAAGAGAAAGACGAGAGAUGGAAGUGUUAACAUCUGAGUUGGAGAUGAAGAAAAGAGAAAAUCAACAGAUAAUUCGAAAAUGUAUUCAAACAGAGCAGGAAGGUAAAAUAGUGUGGGCUGCUGUCAAAGAAGAGAAAGAUCUCCUCAAGAGGGAAACACAGAAGAGAAAGAAGGAGCUCAACCAGCAACUGGAGAGGAUCAUCAGAGAGAGGGAUGAACUUGAGAUCAUGAACCUGAGAUUGAAAACUAAGAAGGAUGAGAACAGAAGUAAAAUGGUGAAGUCAAGAACAUCAGCCAUCACAGAAUUUCAAAAUCAAAUUCAAAAGCACUGGGAACUAACUGAAAUAUGCAUUGAGAAAUAUAAGCACAUGAAAACACAUUGUUCACUUAUGAUUGCAGCAAUUAAAGAUGAAAAACAACAUAUCAAGGUACAGGAAAAAAUGACCACUCUGACAAGAGAAGAAGUUGCAAAUACUAGGAUAGAGAUGAAAAAACGAAUGGAAGUGAUGAUACAUGAAUUAAAAAAUGUGCAACAAAAGCGAGAAUAUUUGGGACAAGUUGAAACAAAUAUCCAAAAAGAGGAAAACUCAAUCAAGACAAAGAAGAAGAGAACCGCUGAGAAAACAGAAGUGAUACUUCUGAGAAAGGAGGAGCGAGAGAAUGAAACAGAGAUAUUGAAGGGUGAGAUGAUGACACUGAAAGAUAAAAAACAAAACCUAAAGAUUUUGCGCACACCUAUAAGACGUAAGAGAAUAUCUACAACUCAAGAUGAAAUAUUUCUGUUAAGAAGUAAGACGAAGCUCAAUCAAGACACCGAAGAAACAAAGCAUGAAUACCUGAAAGAAAAGGAAGAACUCACUGCGGUAAAACAACUAGAAAAUGAAGAAAAAGGGAAGUCUGGAAAGGUCAAAGAUUAUACAGAAAAAGAUCAUAAUGAGCUGGAAGGAGAUGAAGAAAAAGAGGAGGAAAAAAAGCACAGUACACCACAAGGAAAAAAUGCUGAAGAGAAUGAAGAAAUACAAAGUGAAAACAAAAGUGACAAGAGAAAACUGCAGGGGAUGUGCAGAAAAAAAAUAAAAAAUCAGUGGAAAUCAGAACUAGGAAAACGUAAAGAUGCAGAAAGACGAAAGUCUCAAUUAGAGGAAAGAAAAGGAAAGCUGAAGAAACCUCGACAUAAAAUCAAAGAAAAAUUUAAAACAGAACGAGACAUGAAGAAAAAAGCAGCAAAGGUGAAAGAACAAGGAGAGGGUCAGAAAAAAGUGAGUACAAUGAUGAACAAAGAGAAAGUGGACUUGGUGUUCAUAAGAUCUCAGAUCUUGAAGCAAACUGAAAAGUUAGAAGAGGAGAAUAAAAUUAUCAAAGAUGAAAGACACAAGUUAGAGAUGACAAUGGCUGAGCUACAAGAGAAGAAAGAAAAUACAGACAACUUGUUUGAUGAAAUCAAAAGAGAGAAGACCAAAAUGAGUGACCUGAAACUCCAGCUACAAACAAACCAGAAGAGACUUGAGGAAAUGAUGAAUACGAUUGCACUGAAACAAAAACAACAUGAAGUCAAGAAUGAUGAGUUCAACAAACAAACACAAGAAGUGAAGAGUAUGAAGAAGAAAGUGCUGGUAGAAAGAGAAGAAUUGGAAAUUCAGAAGAAGAGUUUCAAGAAGAAAGAGGAAGAGUUUGAAGCAUUCAUGAAAACCAUGAGAGAAGAAAAAGAACAGGUCAGUCAAACAAAGGCUGAAAUGGAGAGAGAGAGAGAAGCAAUGUUGAAUGAAUCAAUCAGAAUGGAAGGAGAAAGGUCUGAGCUGAAAAUGAGAGACGAUCAAGUCAAGAAAAGAAUGGAAUCAAUAGAAAGUGUGAGAGAAAAACUUGAGAGGUUGAAUGGAAGGAUGCGUGAGGACAUAAAACACAAAAUGGACAAUUUACAACAAAACAGUGAUGCUGCACUACAGUUACACACUGUAUUGGAACAAAACCUAGCAACACUCAAUGAUCAGAAAAACACCGUGGCUUGUUACAUGGAAAUGGUCGAGAAACAACAGGACAGCAUGAAGAGUUUACUGUCUGAACUGACGACCCAGAGAGAGGAGAUGGAAAAUGAAUGGGAGCAACAGCUGGAGGAUGAAAAACAACACCUCAUGAAACUGAAAGCAGAGUUAAAGGAAGAACGAGAAGAUCUGAAAAAAGUCAGUGAAGUGCUGAAGAAAGAUAAAGUGGAUUUGGAGCUGAUGAGAUCUGAAAUCCUGAAACAAUCACAGAUUUUGGAACAAGAAAAACAAGAUGUGAAAGAUGAGAAAGACAUGUUGGAGAUGACAAUGGCUGAGCUACAAGAGAAGACAGAAAAUGCAGACAACUUGUUUGAUGAAAUCAAAAGAGAGAAGACCAAAAUGAGUGACCUGAAACUCCAGCUACAAACAAACCAGAAGAGACUUGAGGAAAUGAUGAAUACGAUUGCACUGAAACAAAAACAACAUGAAGUCAAGAAUGAUGAGUUCAACAAACAAACACAAGAAGUGAAGAGUAUGAAGAAGAAAGUGCUGGUAGAAAGAGAAGAGUUGGAAGUUCAGAAGAAGAGUUUCAAGAAGAAAGAGGAAGAGUUUGAAGCAUUCAUGAAAACCAUGAGAGAAGAAAAAGAACAGGUCAGUCAAACAAAGGCUGAAAUGGAGAGAGAGAGAGAAGCAAUGUUGAAUGAAUCAAUCAGAAUGGAAGGAGAAAGGUCUGAGCUGAAAAUGAGAGACGAUCAAGUCAAGAAAAGAAUGGAAUCAAUAGAAAGUGUGAGAGAAAAACUUGAGUGGUUGAAUGGAAGGAUGCGUGAGGACAUAAAACACAAAAUGGACAAUUUACAACAAAACAGUGAUGCUGCACUACAGUUACACACUGUAUUGGAACAAAAGCUAGCAACACUCAAUGAUCAGAAAAACACCGUGGCUUGUUACACGGAAAUGGUCGAGAAACAACAGGACAGCAUGAAGAGUUUACUGUCUGAACUGACGUCCCAGAGAGAGGAGAUGGAAAAUGAAUGGGAGCAACAGCUGGAGGAUGAAAAACAACACCUCAUGAAACUGAAAGCAGAGUUAAAGGAAGAACGAGAAGAUCUGAAAAAAGUCAGUGAAGUGCUGAACAAAGAUAAAGUGGAUUUGGAGCUGAUGAGAUCUGAAAUCCUGAAACAAUCACAGAUUUUAGAACAAGAAAAACAAGAUGUGAAAGAUGAGAAAGACAUGUUGGAGAUGACAAUGGCUGAGCUACAAGAGAAGACAGAAAAUGCAGACAACUUGUUUGAUGAAAUCAAAAGAGAGAAGACCAAAAUGAGUGACCUGAAACUCCAGCUACAAACAAACCAGAAGAGACUUGAGGAAAUGAUGAAUAUGAUUGCACUGAAACAAAAACAACAUGAAGUCAAGAAUGAUGAGUUCAACAAACAAACACAAGAAGUGAAGAGUAUGAAGAAGAAAGUGCUGGCAGAAAGAGAAGAAUUGGAAGUUCAGAAGAAGAGUUUCACUUUGGACACCUGGGAGAUCACAAUGACUGAACUUCCAGCCCCCAUAGAAAGCAAUUAUCUAGCUGAUAUAACCCCAACAAACAAAAAAUCAUGUCGUAUUACAAAAUGCAUUGAGUCUGAGACAAAUUUUUCUUUAAAUGAACCUGAGGAGAUAAAAGAAAAAGUCUCUGAGAUCAUAAUUACCCAGGACCAAUUUGGCAUCGUCCUUAACGCGAUUGUUCGUUUCAGAAGAAUACUAGAACUCUUCAAUCAAAAGACAUAUCAAGUGUCUUGUUUGAAUAUCAACAGAUUUGAGCACAAAAAUAGAACCAUACUAAAGCUACUCACAACAUUGGGACACACGUGUGCUGAAAUUGAUCAGCUGAUAAAUCUGAUUAGUUUUUGUUAUUGUCAGAUACAAUGUAAAAAGGCACAUCUGUUGAAAGGAAAGUUACACAAAUCUGUUCAAACUGAGGCCGCAGUACAAGAAUUCUUGCAUGAACAUGAUGUUGAAAGGAAGGACUUCACAGAAUUUCAAGAAUCUCAAUAUAUGAAGGAUGUUCAGCAAUCAUCUUGCAUGAAUCAGACUGACAAAUGGGAACAUCAGCAGAAAUGUGAUCGAGGUCAAGGUAACCUUCAAGGAACAGCUGUCUCCAUGAAACCUGAAAGAGAAGGUCUUCUGAUCAGAGCAGAAGGUAAAGAAGUGAUCAAUGUAGAGAUGAAGAAACUUGCAAAAGUGUCUGAGUUAUCUGCAGCGAUAGAUGACUUUACAGAACAGCAAAUGUCAAAUAGAGAGUGUUUGAGAAAGAUCUGGAAGGGCACCAGAGUAGAACAAAAGGAGAUCAGUCAGAUGAAGUGUGGUGCUCAUGAUAUGAGAAACAAUCUGGAGAAAAGACUAAAGGUAAUCAGUCACUUAGUUAAGAAAACAUUGUCACAGAAAGGAAAGACAACAAAGAAGACAAAGCUGGAAAAUGAUCAAAGUAAGGACACAUUCUCUCAAAAUGAUUGGAAUGGAGACCACAAAUCACUCAAUGAAAAAUACUUAGAGCUCCAACAAUUUAAAAUGAGUAUGUUCAGUCAAUUUGAGAAACUCCAUAAUAGAGAAAAAGUGACACUGACAACUAGCAACAAGACAAAUCAAAAAAAUCAGAUCGACAUUUUCACAGGUCAUCCACCAGACCAGGUAUUACAACAAGCUUCAACCAAAAUCAAUCAAGAGCAGAUUAAUGCAGGAGAACCUGAAGAAGCUCCAGAGACAUCCAAUGGAUUCCUGUGUCAGCUUCGGCAUUACUGCUAUCGCUGCUGCUGUUGUGCUCACUGUAAGCAGGUGUUCCCAAAGGUGAAAUAAGGCGUCGGUGAAUGUCAUGAUCACUGGAAUAAUUUUGGUUGUUUCUGGAAUACAUUUCUAUUUUUAAGCAUUUUGUUAAAAAGCCACAGAAUUUUUUUUCUUCUGAUUUGUUUUACAGUGUCUGGAAAUAGUUCUGUUCAGCUGAGAAAUUUUAACAACUGAAGAUUACCAGUGUAGUGUUUAAUGUAAGAAGUAAUUUGGUAAUAUCUAAUGUUACACAUUAGUAUGUAUAGUAUAAUGCCUCUAAAUUUGAAAGUAUUGCUUCAGACCAGAGUGUACAUUGUGAGAGGUUUGUGUAUCUUUUAUGCUUUAAGUCUACCGAUUCUUGUAAUGUGUUCAUUGACAUAAGUCUUUGCUUUCCAUUUUAACCUUAUUUAUGUUAAAAUGCAUUCUUUAAGUGUAACUUGGGGAUCAAAAUCUUGUCUGUGGGGGGCCAGAGAUCAAACCAACCUUGCUGUUGGUGAACAACCUCCUGGAUCACCUGAGUCAUCGCAACUAGCUAAAAUAAAAUCUACUUACGUAUUUCACGCA